GUCGAGUGAUUGAGUGUGCGCGCCACUAAAACAAUUCACGCUGUUUUAUUUUAUUUUUUUCUUCACUUCCCUGUGUUAUCUCCUAAUCCCAUUUCCCCCUCUCCCCUUCUGCCUCAGUCACCCCACGCACAAGAUGACGUGUGGUGUGGACAAGAUGUGUGUCUGGGACGUGUGUGGAGCAGGUGUGGAGUUGGGAAUCACGUGGGGGUCUAACAGAAAGCACAGGGCAAGAUGGCUUAUACCUUCUUGUAAUGUACGUGGAGUGUGAUCCUUAUAUAACCACCACCACCACCACCACCAUUUGUGACGCCCCGGGGAAGGUGUGGCAGGUGUGGGCGGCUGGACGCUGAUCGUACAAAGUGGUGCGUGAGUGGAGUGGUGAAGUGAAGUGGUGGCGCGCAGUGACACUUGAGAGGGCCACCAUAACACACUGCUUGUCGCUAACACAGAUUGCAGCUUAAAGGAAAACUACAAAGGAUACCACGUGACGGACAAGACUUCGAAGGACUCAGAAAGACCCCCAUAGGACACCUGAAGGAGCACUAAAACCACUAAACAGUUGAGAUCCUAACCCUGUGAAGGACUGAAGGAUAUUGGAUCUGAGGGUCCUAGAAUACUGGUGAGGUUCCUAAUCCUACCAUGAGGAACGCCGCUGUCCUACUGCUGGUGGGAGUGCUAGGAGUCCUGCUGGCUAAAGGAGGCGUAGCGGGUCUUGAGUGCUACUCCUGCCACGACUGUGCUACCCUGGACCCCAAUGAAAACACGAGGAAAUGCUACACCUCCUGCCUCGCCAGCGUCACUUGCAAGGAUGACGGCCAGCCCUUCGUGAGUCGCCUGUGCAGUGUGACCAACAAGGAGUCGGGCUGCUCCCCCUCCCAGUCCUCUGCUAACACUUAUGAUUGCUACUGCAACGACGACCAGUGUGAUGUGAUGCAGUUGUUCCCCGAUGUGUGUGACUCCGCCCCCGCCGCCACACUCGCUCCUCUCGCCCUCCUCCUAGCUGCCCUCCUGCACUCUGUCCUCGCCUGAUCCAUCCACUGUUUGUUGUUCUGAGAUACUACUACUACUGCUACUGCUGCUGCUGUUGUUGUUGUUGUUGUUGUUGUUGUUGUUGUUGUUGUUGUUUCUUUUUCCUUUUUUUCUUUUCUUGUUCUUGUUCUUCUUGUUCCUUUGUUUUUGCUCUUCUUUAACAACAACAACAACAACAACAACAACAACAACAACAACAACAACUACUACUACUACUACAACAACAACAACAACAACAACAACAACAACAACUACUACUACUACUACUACUACUACUACUACUACUACUACUACUACUACUACUACUACUACUACUACUACUACUACUUCUUCUCAGCUUUAGAUUUUACUUCUCUUAUAUUUCAUCUGUAUUAUUUCAUAUUAAUCUAUCCAUCUUCAUUUAUACCUUCGCUUGACUUUCUCCCUUUUUCUGGGUCACCUUAUAGAUUACAAUAUAUCUUAGUAUAGCUUGCAUGUAACAUCAGGUUGCCAAGGCUGAAGCAAAGAAAAUGUUCAGACGAGGGACUAAGUUAAGCAUUCAGUGUGUUUUCUUAUUUUAAUUCACCGUCUGCAAAUCUUUCCCUGCCUUGCACUUAAUCUAAUGUUACGCGGGUGAUACAACAUAUAUUUUCUUUCUUUUGUUUCUUAGUAUUUUUUUUUUUUUUGUAUUGAUUUUAGCUUUAAUUAGAUUUAAUGUUAAUAUAUGUCUUCAGUAAUUUUUUUUUUUUAGGAUCCCAGUAAUUGUUGUAUAGUAUUAUGUAUAUUUUUGUAAUGAUUUGUAUUCAUUGUUUAGUUGAGAAGAGGCAACAGUAAUCAGUUAAAACCACAAACUUAAAUAAACAAGCAACAGUGCACACAAACCACAUCAAAACAACAACAGUUACUACAACAACUCGAGGCAACACAAACUAAAUGAGUUAAAUCACAGACUUAAAUAAAACAAGCAACAAUGAUAAAAAAAAAA